AUGGCGAAACGUAUCUGGUCUGAGGAUGGGUCUAUGAUAGUUUUAGACACAGCUUGGCGUUCUACAAAGGUACAACAGCUUGUAUGACAUAAACGCCCGUGGUUUGUGUUCUCAACUAACUGAAAUCCUUUCGCCAGGGGCCGGUUGUAUAAAAACGUAUUUAGCGCUAACUGCAGUUAAAAAGUAGUUAAAAAGCCUUAAAAAGUAGUUAACUUUAAUCACGUAGUUAAGCCGGUUGUAUAAAAGUGUAGUUAGAGUUAACUGUCCAAAACGUAGUUAAAAAUGGCGUUUGUAUAGGAGUGAACAACAUUUUUCAGUAAAACAAUAAUGAAAAGCAACGCUUACCUGAGAUUUUCAAUCGCUAUCUUCCCUGUGAAUGUUUCCUGACAAUAUAAACUCUUCAAACGCUAUCGCUUUGGUGUUUUUACGAAAACAGAACAUAUUUUUGCACAGGACGAUUUCUCGAAGACGAAGUAUGGUCCAUUACACCAAGAAACACUGAAAAAUUAUUGCAAAACGGCUAUACCUUGGUUUACCGUAGACAUCUCAAGGAAAAACUGCAUUCUUUUAUGAUUUUUGAGGCGGUUUUUCCCUGUUUUCUUGUUUAUUUUUCACUGUUUUGAAUAAAAUUCCCGCCUAUUUGCAAAAUACGAGUCCACAAUCAUGUUGAAAAUGUGUGUCAGCGUUAGUUACUCGCUGCUUACUUUAUGUAAUUUUGUGUUUAAACACCCCACGCAAGCCCCACGCAGAGUUAACUACGUGAUUAGUUAACUAUCCGACUAACUACGUUUUGUGCAACGCAGUUAAGUCAUGUAGUUAACUAAUUACAGUUAAGGAUUUAACUACAGUGAUUAACGCUAACUACAGUUAGCGCUAACUACGUUUUUAUACAACCGGCCCCAGGAGAUUAAUAGCGAAGGGCUUUUCCUCGCAAUGGCAAACAUAGUUAUAGACAGAGCCUGAGUAUAAUAAUGUAUAUACACGCGUAAAAACGCACAAGUUGCAACAAACCUGCAGCAGACUUGUAGUAAUGCUGUUCCAACAACUUGUCAACAGGAUGUGUUCGCACUGCUUGUUCCCAGCUUGUUGACAACUUGCUACAAGGUUGUUGAGCUCAACAGACUUGUUACAAGUUGUUCCAACAACUUGUUAUCGUCCUGCAAUUCAACAAUUUGUCAACAAGUUGUGAGUGACAACCUUGUAGCAACUUGAUAAAAUAACAGCAUUGUUACAACUUGUUGAAAAGCUUGCUACAAACCUGUUGCGAACACAUCUUGUUGACAAGUUGUGAGAUUGUCACGUGUUUAAAUGCACGCGUAAAAAUCUCACAAUUUGUCAACAAGAUAUGUUCGCAACAGGCUUGUAGCAAGCUUGUCAACAAGUUGUAACAAUGCUGUUAUUUUAUCAAGUUGCUACAAGGUUGUCACUCACAACUUGUUGACAAAUUGGUGAAUUGCAGGACGAUAACAAGUUGUUGGAACAACUUGUAACAAGUCUGUAGAUAUUUUAGUUAACCCAUUAACGUUCAAGCGUUUCCCUUGACCAGUAAAAUCGUCAUGCAUUACACCAAGGAAUGUUUAUACUUUUGUUCGAUUUUUAGGACAUUAUUAUCAUUGACAGCAAUACUGGAAACGUGCACAGAGUAACUUCUGGUAAAUAUAUUUAAAAAUAUGAUUUAUUAAUGAUAUUAUAAAUCUUGAUAAAAAAUAUUUUUAUUCUCCGUUAGGAAAUGGAUGUUGGACACUUCUUGAUGUCCAUAAAGAUUGUGUUCUUGCUUCUCAUGCGUCUCCAGCCUGUCCACCAAAGUUGGUAUGUAAUAGUUUAUAUUUCAUAUUUGACUAUGAGGACUGGACUAGAUUUCAAGUAGGCGCAAUUUGAAUUCCGAGGCGAAUCCGAGGACUGAAUCAAAAUUGGAGGACUUGAAAUCUAAUCCAGUCCGAAUUUGGAGGAUUUGAAAUGACAUCUCGUACGAAUAUAUCACUACUUAAAGGUGAAUUAAUUUUGAUCUAGUCCUAGGACUGCAUCAACAAACUUCACCCGGUAUCCAGUGUUAUCAUAUGGUUGGCAAAUUUACUCAUGAAUUGUGAAUGAGUUUGAGAUGUGUGUUUGAACUAUCUUUUGUAUGUUUCCAUCAACAAUAUAUAAUACACAUUACAAAAAUCUCGCAUCUUGUAGCAAGUCUGCCAACAAGUAGUCAACAAGUUGUGUUCGCACUGCUUGUCCCAAGUAGGGAACAACUUGUUAACCUGAUAUUAUCAGACUUGUUGCAAGGUUGUUCCAACAAGUCCGAUACAGUCAUGAUAUAACAAUAUUGUACAAGUUGAUUAAACAGCUUGUAACAAGCUUGUUGAUAUUAUCAGACUUGUAGCAAGAUUGUUCCAACAAGUCUGAUACAGUCAUGAUAUAACAAUAUUGUACAAGUUCUUUAAACUGCUUGUAACAAGCUUGUUGAUAUUAUAUCAGACUUGUUGCAAGGUUGUUCCAACAAGUCUGAUACAGUCAUGAUAUAACAAUAUUGUACAAGUUCUUUAAACUGCUUGUAACAAGCUUGUUGAUAUUAUCAGACUUGUAGCAAGGUUGUUCCAGCAAGUCUGAUACAGUCAUGAUAUAACAAUAUUGUACAAGUUGAUUAAACUGCUUGUAACAAGCUUGUUGAUAUUAUCAGACUUGUAGCAAGGUUGUUCCAACAAGUCUGAUACAGUCAUGAUAUAACAAUAUUGUACACGCGUAAAAACGCACAGCUUGUAACAAGUCUGCAAACAAGUUGUUUCAAGUCUGUUCACAAGCUGUCAACAAGUUGUGUUCGCACUGCUUGUUCCCAGUUGUUGUAACAAGAUUGGAACAAGCUGUUAACAACUUGUGACAAGCUUGAUGGCAUUAUCAGCCUUGUUACAAGAUUGUGCCAACAAGUUUGUUACAGUCAUGAUAUGACAAGGAUGUUACAAGGUUGUCAACACAAGGUUGUAACAAUCUUGUUAUAUCAAGCAUGUAACAGACUUGUCAGAACAACCUUGCAACAAGUCUGAUAAUUUCGACAAGGUUGUUACAAGUUGUCAACAAGUUGUUCCAAACCUGUUGACAACUUGUGACAAGCAGUGCGAAUACAUUUUGUUAACAGCUUGUGAAGAGACUUGUAACAAACUUGUGCGUUUUUACGUGUGUACAAGUUGUUUAAACAGCUUGUAACAAGCUUGUUGAUAUUAUCAGACUUGUAGCAAGGUUGUUCCAACAAGUCUGAUGCAGUCAUGAUAUAACAAUAUUGUACAAGUUCUUUAAAUAGCUUGUAACAAGCUUGUUGAUAUUAUCAGACUUGUUGCAAGAUUGUUCCAACAAGUCCGAUACAGUCAUGAUAUAACAAUAUUGUUGUAAUACAAACUUGUGUCGUCAACCUUGUAACAUUCUUGUUAUAUCACGACUGUAUCAGACUUGUUAGAAUAACCUUGUGACAAGUCUGAUAAUGUCAUCAAGCUUGUUGCAAGUUGUUAACAGCUUGUUCCAAACUUGUUACAACAACUGGGAACAAGCAGUGCGAACACAACUUGUCGACAGCUUGUGAACAGAUUUGUAACAACUUGUUUGCAGACCUGGAACAACUUGUGCGUUUCUACGUGUGUAUGUUAAGCUUUUCUUAUAUUAUUGAUUUUUUUUUUGUACAGAUGCUGGCAAAACUAUCUAGUAAGGUUUCUGGCGAAUUAAACUGGCUUACAGUAGGUAUGAAUUUCUCUUUAAAUUCCUCAUUAACUCUGUUUUGGCAAUAAUUCUUCAUUAACUCUGUUUUGGCUUAAUUUUUUAGCGGAAUCUGGUAUUUCAUUGGAAAGAGAAAUUGACUGGAGUGUUGUUGUGUUCACUCCUGAAAAUGCAGAAAAAGGUAACAGCUUCUACUGAGCUUUUAUUUGUAGGUAACAUAUUUUGGCAAUGAUUUCCUUGUUUUAGCAGGAACGGAUUUUCAUUUUUCUAAAAGGAGGGGUGGAAAUAUUUCUAGAGGAGUGCAAGCGGCAGCACUGAGCGAGCUUCGGCAGGGGAUUAGACUUUCACACAAAAUAGAAGGGGUGAGGCGAAAUUUUGAUGGGCUUUUGAACACUUUAUAAGAGGGGUUAAAGAGAUUCUUGGGGGAGGGGGUUAACCCCCUAACCCCCCCCCCCCCCUCCCAGUAAAUCCGCCCAUGUGUUUUAGCAAUCGCUUGACUAAACUCUGUUAACUUUAUUUAUACUGGAUAGCUCUAUCAAGGCCUGACGAAUUAUAAUACUGUGUUUUGGAACAUUGUAGGAACGUGGCAAGACUAUGAAGGGAUUCUAAUGAAACCAAAAAUAGAUUCGGGACACAAAUGUCCGCUUAUUGUAUUUCCUCACGGUAAUUUUUUAUGUAUUUUUGACAUUUGCGUAUAUGUUAAACAGUUAAUAGACACUGAGACACUCGGCAGUGAAAACUACGUAUUUGCAAUAUAAAUGCAUGAACAAGCUGUUCACAAGCUGUCGACAAGUUGUGUUCGCACUGCUUGUUCCCAGUUGUUGUAACAAGUUUUGAACAAGCUGUUAACAACUUUUGACAAGCUUGUUGGCAUUAUCAGACUUGUUACAAGGUUGUGAUACGGUCAUGAUAUAUAUAUAUAUAAUAUCAACAAGCUUGUUACAAGCUGUUUAAUCAACUUGUACAAUAUUGUUAUAUCAUGACUGUAUCACACUUGCUAGAACAACCUUGCAACAAGUCUGACAGUAUCAACAAGCUUGUUACAAAUUGUUGUCAGCUUGUUCCAAACUUUUUGACAACUUGGGACAAGCAGUGCGAACACAACUUGUUGACGGCUUGUUGGCAGACUUGGUACAAGAUGUGAGAUUUUCACGCGUGUAGUAUAGUGCAAAUUAAGAUGUGUUAUGACUUUAUCACAGGUGGCCCACAUAGUGUUAUUGUCGCGGACUUCAUGCUAAAUCCAGUAAUGUUCUGCCAGCUUGGAUACGCUGUGCUUUUGG